AUGAGUGAGUACAAAACCAAGUCAAACAUCACCUUGGUACAGCAACGAGAAACGCCGUUGACAGCAAAACGAGACGCAACAUCGGUAUCGGCGAAAAGGACAAGAUCCAAAAUGAGUCCAAAAAAGCCUACAGAAGAAGCAACCAAAUCACCUGAUACUAAAAAGCGCAAAUCAGACGCUGUGGCCGAAAGGCUGAACCAACCAGUAGAAGAAUGGACGAAAGUACAACCAAAAAAGAAGGCAUCCAAUAUAAAAAAGGGUAAAUCAAUAAGACCGCGAGCCGAUGCCAUCAUCAUUGAAAAAAUGGAAAAAGAGAUGUCAUACGCUGAAAUUCUGCGAACAGUGAAAUCAAAUGAACAACUAAAAAACCUAGGCAACAAGGUUAAAACCCUGCGCCGUACACAAAAAGGAGACCUGCUUAUCGAGCUGAAAAAGAGCGAAAAAGCAGCAGCAAAUGAAUGUUGUGCCGCUAUUGAAAAGGUUCUUGAAAACGUAGCCAAGGUGAAUCUCCGGUCGCACAAUGUAACCAUCCAAUGCAGAGGGCUUAUUAAAGAUCUGAACACUGAUGACGAGUUAUUCGACGCAAUUGAAAUGCAAGCAAAAGUGAAAAGACCUGAUAAAUGCACAAUCAAAAGUAGGCGCAAAACGUACGGAGGGACAGAGUCCACAUAUCUAAUGCUGCCAGCGGAAGAUGCAAAAAAAGUACUGGCGCGCGGACAUUUAAUUGUCGGUUGGACUCGCUGUCAAGUUACAGAAGUUACUACACCACAAAGGUGUUUCAGAUGCUGGGCAUACGAUCAUUUAGCGCUCAAAUGCAAAGGACCCGAUCGCACAAAUAUCUGCAGACGAUGCGGCAAUGAAGGACACCGUGCAGCAAAUUGCAAUGAUGCAGAAAAAUGUGUCCUCUGCGAAGGUGCACAUACAGCUGGUAGCGGAAAAUGUCCACGAUACAAAGAAGCAUUACAAAAAAUCAAGGCAUGA